AUGGAGGACUCUAGUUUGUGCCUUGGUGUGUCGUCGGCGGUGACUGACGCUGAUGCCCAUCUGAGCAGUGCAGUGUUAAAUGGCCGCUACCCUAUCAGUCAAAAACUUCACCAGCUUACUGCCCAGCUAGGACACGCCUUUCCUGACCUACAUCGCCCUCAGCAGAUUCCCGAAGAGAAGGCAGCCACGCCUUUGGAUGAAAAGACCCACCACGCAGCCCUGGCCAGUCAACCUAUCAGCAGUCAGAUGGCCCUAUUAGCCAAUCAGCUCAACCGAGACAUUGAUGCGGGAGCUCUAAGUGGGUUGAACGGUCGUGUUGAUCUGCAGCAGUUUCUCAACGGCCAGAACUUGGGCAUCAUGUCCCAGAUGAACGAUAUCGAAGAUGACGCCCGCAAGAACAGGAAGUAUCCGUGCCCACUGUGCGGCAAGCGCUUCCGUUUUAACAGCAUCCUGUCGCUGCACAUGCGCACACACACAGGAGAGAAGCCCUUCAAGUGUCCAUACUGCGAUCACCGAGCAGCUCAGAAAGGCAACUUGAAGAUCCACCUCCGCACCCACAAGCUGGGGAACCUCGGUAAGGGGCGCGGUCGCGUCCGCGAGGAGAACAGGCUGCUCCACGAGCUAGAGGAGAGGGCCAUCCUGAGGGACAAGCAGAUGAGAGGGAGCGGAAGUCUUCUCCAGACACCUCAGACGCCCCAUCUGAGUCUCAACAGCAGCGCUAACACCCAACAGCCGCAACUGAGCUCCGCCUGCGCCCUCCUUCCCCCGUCGAGCCUUGCCACUCAAGAAACAAUUUCCCAGCCUUCUUCUUCACCCAAACCGACUGGCACCCAAGAUGAACAGUCCCUGAACCCGACCACGGGCUUCCGCUGCACCUUCUGCAAAGGGAAGUUCAAGAAGCGCGAGGAGCUGGACCGCCACAUCCGCAUACUCCACAAACCCUACAAAUGUACACUGUGCGAGUUUGCUGCCUCCCACGAAGAGGACCUGAUAAGUCAUGUGGAGAAGGCCCAUAUUACAGCUGAGAACACACAGGGCCAGGGUGCCGGUGGUGCCGGCGGCAAUCAACCGGCCACUGAAUUCCGCUGUGAUGUGUGUGGCCAGGUUUUCAGCCAAGCCUGGUUCCUCAAGGGCCACAUGCGCAAGCACAAGGACUCCUUUGAACACUGCUGCCAAAUCUGUGGCCGCCGCUUCAAGGAACCGUGGUUCCUCAAGAAUCAUAUGAAGGUGCAUCUGAAUAAGCUGGCCAUAAAGAACAAGCCACCCCCGCCCAGCGAGCAGGACAUGGCUAACGUCAACAGCAUGAGCAACCUGGCGCAGGAAGCUCACGCCAACCUUUACUCUCGCUACAUCUCCUGUCUUCAGGGAGGCUUCCUUUCACCAGACAAACAGGGCCUGAGUGAGCAGCACCAAAUGUUGGCUAAAGCAGGGAUAGCCAUGAAAGAAAAGGAGAUGUUAGGGAAGCUAUUGGGGCCAAUGGCAGCAGGUAUGGGCCACGGGCUGGGCGAAAAUGAGAAGCGCUCACUCCUGGGCUGUCUCAACCUCGUGCCACCACUCAAGUCGAGCUGCAUGGAGCGCCUCCAGGCAGCUGCGAAAGUGGCAGAGAUGGAUUCCCUCAAUAGCUACCAAGCCUGGCAGAUAAUGGCUCGUGGCAUGGCUAUGGACAGGGCUUUCAUGCCUAAGGAGCAGCAGCAACAACACCAGCACCAUAUAAUCCCUGGGCAAGAAGAUGAGAUGAGUGGUGCCGGUGCCAUGGCAUCCUUCUCAAAGGAGAAACAAGACUACUCUCUGAUUACUUCCACUGAUAACUCCAAGCAGAAGCAGCUCUCUGAGGCCUUGCAGGGAUCCAAAGCUGCAAGUGGUGCCCCAAUGUCCAUGAAGGAAGAUGGAAGAGGCUUUGACAGUCACCGUGACUUGAUGUCUCACCAUGGCGGCGUAGAGACUCCUGGUGGCCUGGCUGGCUUGGGGAGCCCCAACAUUGACUACAGCCUCCCCAGCCUGAAGGAGAAGCCCUCAGAGUGCCCUGACUGCGGCCGGGUCUUCAGAACCUACCAUCAGAUGGUCGUCCACUCGCGCGUCCACGGCAAAGACAGGAGAGUCAUGGAGGAAGCGAUCCAACAACAGAGUCUGGACGAACGCCGCGGGUCAGCCAGCGAUCCCGAAUCCCAGUCCAUCAGCCGCUCCACCACCCCCGGAUCAUCCAAUGUGACGGAGGAGAGCGGAGCCGGAGGAGGACACUCCCAGACUGGAAGCGUCCAGGAUGACAGCCCACAUCCCUCCUCACCAUCUUCAGAUGUUGGGGAGGACCUGGGGAAGGCAGCGGGGAGCGUUCAGCCGUCUCUGUCCCAGCACCGCGAGAGGAGUCUGGCUUCGUCCUCCAAGGAUUGCCCCUACUGCGGCAAGUCCUUCCGCACCUCCCAUCAUCUCAAAGUCCACCUGCGGAUACACACAGGAGAGAAACCCUACCGGUGCCCUCAUUGUGACUAUGCUGGCACCCAGUCUGCCAGUCUGAAGUACCACCUGGAGCGCCACCACCGCGAGCGUCAAAAUGGCUCCACCACCUCAGGCCCAUCCUCUGGCCACACCCCUUCUUCUGACCACAAAGAGGAUCACGGGAAGACGGCCGGCGGUGGCAUCUUCGCCCGCCCAGAUGUCCUCCGUAAUGUUUUCAAGGGGAUGCCUCCCAACUUAGACUUCAGGGCAGGCCCGUUGCUGCCGCAUCAGUGGGCGUCUGCCGGCAUUAUGUCCCCACAUGACCGGGAGCGGGAGCGUGAACGCGGAGACCGCCAUUUUGACUCCGUCUCCUCAGCCGAGAACAUGAAGACUGCCGAUGGCCCAUCCUCCCUGGCCCCAACAGCAACAGAGAGCCCUGCCAGCUUCUCAGAUCUAAGCAGGGCCUACCAAAGUAUGAUGGGAAAUGGAGUUCACUUUCAAGGGUCUCUCCAGGCCUUUAUGGACAGCUUUGUCCUCAGCUCCAUGAAGAAAGAUAUGAAGGACAACCAGAGCCCAGUCCAGCUCCAGGCCCAGCGCUAUCAUGAUAACGGUGAGCCCAAAGCCAAGCGAGCCACCUCAGCUGACCAGGACAGAGAAGAGAAAGCUGAACCCAAGCAGAAAUCAGAGCCAGGCAAGCCUGGGUCCCAGUAUGAACCGCUGGAUCUGUCUGUGUCGGUCCGGCCUGAGUCUGCAUCAGGUUCUCUCCCUGGCUCCUCAGUCACCAUCCACGAUAAUGUGGCCUGGCAUGGCUGCCUCUUCUGCUCCUUCUCCACCUCUUCAUUGGAGCUCAUGGCUUUGCACCUCCAGGCCAACCACCUGGGUAAAGCCCAAUCACAGCGGUCUGACACAGUCAAGGAGCUUCAUGGAGAGGCUUCCUCCACCCAUCCAUCCUCCAACACCAAGACGUCUGGUGUGACCCCUGAUAAAGAUGGAGACAGAGAUGGAGAGAAAAGCCAGUUAAGCUGGAACAACCACAUGGACCAGCCUUACAACCCCUUCCAGAGUGACUUCUACAGGCGGUUUGGUGGAUUGUAUGAUGGAUCCCCAAGGGCCCUCCAAAGCCUUCAAGGCUAUAUGACCCCAGCAGAGCAGGGCCUUGACUUACCCAGCCAGGUAUUCAUAGGAGCAUCUUCAGCUGGGGAUAACCAGAUUGGUGAAAGGGGCUCCUGUGGAGAUGCUGAGGAGGACCAGGUUGGAUCUGAUGAUGAGAUUGUAAAAGCCGGGGUGCGCAGUGGCAGCGAGACACCUUCGACCACCCCUAAGAGACAGCAGCAACAUCACUCCGAUGAAGAAGAGGAGGAGAGAAGAGUGGCUGAAGAGGAGGAGGAGAGAGAUGAGGAUGGGCAAAUGGACAUGGAGAGAGAUGAAGAAGGAAGUCCAGUUUCAGACCACCUCCAGAACCACCCCAAACAGCUCCAAGAUGACUCCUCUCUUCCGCUGAGGAGCGGGGCUGGUUUGGCGACGUCUUCCUCCGCCAUGACACCACUUUCUCUCGUUCCUCCAACCCAAAACCAAGCUUUGCCCCUGGAGAAGCACUGGCAGCAGGGCCUGGGCCUCCUGUCUCCCGGAGGUCCUCCAGGACUGUUGAAGGCCGAGCAGCAGACCCACCUAGAGCAGCAGAUGAACAUGCUGUCUGUCCUCAGAGCCUACAGCAAUGACAACCUCCCCGCAUUCAACGGCCUGGGAGGUGGAGCAGGAGGAGCACCCACAGGGGGCAUGAAGAGACCAGAUGCACCUGUGCAUCUGUGGGUAGGAGAGGAGGACCAGCCCAUGACCCAUGACCCCGCGCUGACCCACGACCCCAACCAUCUUAACAACGAGCUUAACCACCCUAACAACCAUAACCUAGGCGACCACGAGGGGCUGGACGCCCACGCUGUAAACAAAGACUAA